GUACCUAACCCCUUUGGUUCUCUAUUUUCUUAAGUUCAAUACUUGAGUUUUUAGUGUCCUAAUCAUUUAUAUCUCAUCAAAUUUCAUUUCUUCCAGGUUACUGAUUUCCAAAUUUAUCUCCUAUUACAUUUCUAUACGUGCAUUUGGGGAAAUUAUGGUGAGAGACCCCAAGAACUCACUUGUCUCGAAGUCGAGUUCAAUUUCAAUUCGAGAUUCUCGCAUCUCUAACAAAUUGAGGGAGUCAGCUACAAACUUGCUUUCAAACGCGAAAGUAGAGCCAUCUAAAAUUUUGUCAGCCAUUCAGAUCAACCACUAUUAGUUACACACAAGACAAGCGGCAUAUCCUCAAAUAUCAUACAAUGCACAUGGCCUACAAUCCAGUUAUGAAUAUAUUGAUAUUGAUAUUCUCCAUGAAAAAUGCUUGUAUUAAAUCUACCAACAAUGUCCCACAAAGUUUGAAUAUCCAACCACUUUAAAUUCACAAGUGAAAAUUAUUUAUUUAUGAGACAUAUCCUAGCCAAUUCCACAACCCAAAACCUUUCUUCUUUUGAAUCCGAAAGGUAAAGCAAGUUGAGCAUAAUGUCAAACAGCUCACAAGUCAUAACAUGCAAAGGUGCAAUAUGCUGGGGAUUAGGGGAAGACGUGAAGGUGGAAAAGAUACAAGUAGAUCCACCUAAAGCUUCUGAAGCUCGAGUUAAGGUUCUUUGUGCUAGUGUUUGCCACACAGACAUCUUGAGAGCUCGAGGUUUUCCUUGUCCUUCUUUUCCUCUAGCACUUGGGCACGAAGGAGUAGGUGUUGUGGAGAGCAUAGGGGAGAAAGUGACGAACCUGAAAGUAGGAGAUUUAGUGAUUCCAACAUACAUUGGAGAGUGUCAAGAAUGUGAGACCUGUAUCUCAGAGGAAUCAAACAUGUGCAUGAGAUAUCCUUUCACAGUGAGUGGGCUAAUGCCUGAUGACACAUCAAGGAUUUCCAUUAGAGGGCAGAAGGUGUACCAUACGAGUAGCUGCUCAACAUGGUGUGAGUACAUGGUUAGUGAUGCAAACUACCUUGUGAAAGUUGAUCCAAGUAUUGAUUUGGCUCAUGCUACCUUCAUCUCUUGUGGAUUUUCUACUGGUUUUGGGGCUGCUUGGAAGACAGCCCAAAUUCAAAGUGGAUCAACCAUGGCCGUUUUUGGCCUGGGAGCUGUUGGAUUAGGGGCUAUAUGUGGUGCCAAGAUGAUGGGAGCGACUAAGAUAAUUGGGAUUGACAUAAAUGAGAAGAAGAAAGAAAAAGGAGAAGCUUUUGGGAUAACAGACUUCAUAAAUCCUAAUGAUCAUUCUGAUAAGCCUUCUUCUCAAUUGGUGAAGGACCUCACUUGUGGACUUGGUGUGGAUUAUGCCAUUGAGUGCAUUGGUUUUGCCCCAAUGGUUACUCAAGCCCUAGAAUCCACCAAAGUGGGGAGAGGACAAGCAAUAGCAAUUGGUGCAGGAAUAGAAGAAUGUGUGCAAGUCAACUGGUUGGGUCUUCUUCUUGGAAGAACUUUAAAGGGUUCCAUUUUUGGAGGCUUAAAACCAAAAUCUCACCUUCCUAUUUUAGCUACCAAAUGCCAAAAUAAGGAUUUCCCUAUCGAUGAACUUGGGACCCAUGAAGUCCCAUUAACAGAGAUAAGCAAAGCCUUUGAGCUCUUGAAACAGCCAGAUUGUGUCAAAGUUCUCAUCAAAAUGUGUGACGUUUAACUCCAUAUGGUUCUCAGAACUCACAAGACAAUAAAGGGGUCUCAUUUCCUACAUCUAAAACAAUGUGUCCUAAGAUUGUUUCCGUCUUGAUAAAUGUUUCUAUUGUCACGCACAGAGUAUGCGUUCCCCUUUGUCUUCGACUUUUCAUGUUUAUGAUUUGCUUCAAUCUCUUUGAUA